GUCAGUGGUAAUCACUAUUAUGUUUAUGCAUGUAACAUUAUAAAUAGAAUGAUAAGCACAGAUUUGUAAUAUUAAAGUAGAUAAAUAUAAAUCUUAUAUAGUUUGUUUAUUACGUCUACACAGAAAAUGUCUUUUCUUUCGAAAAAUAAUAUUAAAGAGGAGAUUCCUGAUGACGAUAAUUUUAAUGGCCAAGAAAUUAAAGGAAAAAUUGUAGAUUAUCAGUUUUUGGUAAGGCCCAAGCAAGAACCUAUUGACACAAAACCAAAUCCAGCCUCAUUAGAAUUUGUAGGUGAAAUCAUAGAUGCUUACGAGAAAGAAUCUGAAGAAAAUAAUUAUCAUGUUACCAGAUCUACUAAGAAGACAGGAAUUCUUUCUUGUAAAUAUUGUGACUACAAGACUACUUGUAAACCCAAUUAUAUAAAACACACCAAAAAACCACACCACGAGACUAAACCAAUUAAGAAGAAAUUGGUUUUAAUUUGUACAUAUUGUGAUUUUAAGACUGGUAGUAGAUCUUCUUUUAAAAGGCACACCGAUGUUCAUCAGAUUUCUAAAGAAAACUUACCAUAUGGAUGCACACUCUGCGAAUAUAAAUGUCUUGAUAAGGCAUACAUUGCAAAGCAUAUGAUAAGAAUGCACACAGAAAGAGAUAGAGCAUUUGUUUGCCAUGUUUGUGGUCAUGCAUUUACUUCUUCAAUAAAUCUUAAAAAACAUGGGUUGGCUACACACAACGAGAAAAAGAAAUUUAUUGAUUGUGACCUGUGUUCUUAUAAGGCUUAUUCAAAUCAUAGACUGAAACUUCACAAGGAUCAUGUACACUUCAAGAAACGUAGGGUUUACAAGCAACUUGUAUGCGACAUUUGUGGUGAAAUAUUCACUGGUCUACCCAAUUUAAAUAUUCAUUUAUUGCGUAUUCAUGAAGUGGAUGUCGAAGUUAAAACAUACAUUUGCUAUACUUGUGGAAAAAAAUACUUUAAAAGAUUGGCUUUUAUUCACCACGUUCAUCGACAUUCAAAGUAUAAAGAAAAAAUGUAUUGCGCAAAUUGUGAUUAUUCAACUUUCAUUAAACCAAACCUUAUACAACAUAUGGUGAAACACAAUAAGCACAUAAAAAUGCACAAAUGCAACAUGUGCUCGUUUGAAACAAAGAGACCUCACACUUUGAGGCACCAUGUUAAAACGCAUCUUAAUAAGGAAUAGCUUUUAAUUAUAAAAUCUUUAACAAAGGACCGGGAAACUUCUGAUUCACAUUUUGCCGGACCGCAUCACAUUUUAAAAAUCUCCACGACGUCAUGUCAAAAUAUAUAAUUGUAAAACGUUGAAAAAUAAAGUUAUUAUUUCUAAAAGUCCUUAUAGUAUUGAAAUUUGUUAUUUCAAAUAAUCGUGUUGGCAGUGCUGGAUUUAUAUUUUUUAUUAAGUGUAGGCCACUAUAUUUUCACCGCCCCAUGUACCUUUCUAAAAUAAUAAUUUUCCAUUUAUAGUAAGUGAGGCACUAAAGUUAAAUAAACGAAUGAAUUAGUCAUUAAGAAAGAGCGUAAAAAAGAAACAAGAAUUACAAUUUUUUAGGGGACUUUUUAAUAGCAAAAUCAUCUCUAAUAUUAUUGUAGUUUAUAGUGUUCAUUAUCUCUGCUUCUAUUUAGAAAGAAGCUAAAGAAUUCAUUUUUUCUUCAGACAAUAAAGACCUCGCGUUUUAAACAGGAAAAACUCCUUUCCCAAGAACAAUUUGUAAAUGGAAAGUGCGAUAAAGAGAGCUAUAUUCAAGUUAGGGUAAACAUUAGAUACAGAUUGAUACCUCAAAAACGUUGAGAGAGCACACAUUCUGCAACCAAAUCGACGUAAUAUACGAGGGUGGAUUAAAAAAGUACCCGUGUUAGAAAAGAAGAGGCAAGUUUUAAAAAAAAUUUAUUUCUAUUUUUCAACGUAAUCUCCUUUUAUUGCUGUACACUUUUCCCAACGUUUCUGCCAUUUAUUUAACCCCUCCAAAAAAUAUGAUUUUUCGAACUCCGCAAAAUACGCUUCAAUCUCGACGAUAACCUCCUGGCUAGAGCUGAUUUUUUUUCCCCUGAGCCACGUUUUCAUGUUGGAGAAUAGAAAAAAGUCGCAUGGAGCCGAGUCGGGCGAGUACGGUGGGUGCGGCAGUAAUUCGUACUUCAGUUCUUGCAAUUUGAUCGCGACAAUUCUCGAUGAAUGUGCUGGUGCAUUAUCGUGGUGAAACAGGACUUUUUUCUUAACCAAAUAGGCCGUGUCUCGUUCAAUUUUGCAUCGAAUCGGUCCAAUAAUUCACUAUAGUACUGCUCUGUGAUCGUACUUUCUUUCUGCAAAGAGUCGAUGAGGAUUAUUCCCUUGGAGUCCCAAAAAAUCGUGGCCAUGAUCUUUCCGGCCGAUGGGACCGUCUUUGCUUUCUUCGGAGCAGAUUCUCCCCGAAAAAUCCAUUGCUUCAACUGUCGUUUGGUCUCUGUAUAUAUGUAUAUAUAAAAAAAAGAGAAAGUAAAAGUUGGAAAGGCUUUUGGUAGGUAGAGAGGGGGUAAACGUCAAACCACGUCGGACGUCUUCGAGAAUUUCGCAGUAAUGUUUACCUGCCAGUGUCGUUUCAUAGAAUAAGUAAUUUUAAAUUGUUAUCGGCGGAACCGGACAAUCGCAUGUAACUUAUGGACUAUAAAUAAUUAUUUAACAUGUAUUAUAAUAUUCAAAUCAUAAUUUUACAAAAUUUCAACAGCUAUUUACAAUUUCUUAAACUAUUUACUCGAAAUUGUUAUUAACAUCUAUAAAAUAAUUUUGUACGCCAAUGUGUCGCGUCCACUUCGGUAAGAUCCGCGGCAAACCUGUCAAUUUAUGUGUAUAAAGUGGGAGAACUGGCAAGAGCCUUUCCAACUUUUACUUCUGUUCUACCAUAUUUUAUUUGUCAGGUCAGAUAAAACCGGUACGACAGGAUAUAAG